CAGAGACAGAGACAGAGACAGAGAGAGAGGGAAACAGACCAACUCACAGAGUUAGAACACAAAGAGACACAAAGAGACGGAGAGAAAGAGAAACAGAGAAUUAGACGCCAGCGAGACACAGGGAGACCAGACUGAGAGGAGGCCCUAGAAGGAGGAGAGGAGGAGACGCCAGGGCCGGGCCAGCGGGCGGAUGGAGGGGCGCCCGGCAGAGACGUAGCGGCAGGUGGGCCGGGCCGGGCGGGCAGAGAAGCAGCUGCCUCAGCCCGGUGGGGGAUGGGAGGGGCAGGCGCUCUGCUGCUGCUGCUGGCUGGGGCGGGGAUGGGGGUGGCCUGGAGACCCCCGAAAGGCAAGUGUCCUCUGCGCUGCUCCUGCUCCAAAGACAGUGCCCUGUGCGAGGGCUCCCCGGACCUGCCCGUGAACCUCUCCCCGACCCUGCUGUCGCUCUCCCUCGUGAGGACAGGAGUCACCCAGCUGAAGGCCGGCAGCUUCCUGCGGACACCGUCACUGCACCUGCUCCUCUUCACGUCCAACGCCUUCUCCGUGAUUGAGGACGACGCGUUUGCCGGCCUGUCCCACCUGCAGUACCUCUUCAUCGAGGACAACGAGAUCGGCUCCGUCUCCAAGAACGCCCUCAGGGGACUCCGCUCCCUCACACACCUAAGCCUGGCCAAUAACCGUCUGGAAGCCCUCCCCAGAUUCCUGUUCCGAGGCCUGGAGACCCUGACUCACGUGGACCUCCGCGGGAACCCGUUCCAGUGUGACUGCCGUGUCCUCUGGCUGCUGCAGUGGAUGCCCACCGUGAACGCCAGCGUGGGGACCGGGGCCUGCGCGGGCCCCGCCGCCCUGGCCCACAGGCAGCUCCGCCACCUCGACCCCGAGACGUUCAAGUGCAGAGCCAUAGAGCUGUCCUGGUUCCAGACGGUCGGGGAGUCGGCGCUGGGCGUGGAGCCCUUCUCCUACCAGGGGGAGCCCCACGUCGUCCUGGCCCAGCCCUUCGCCGGCCGCUGCCUGGUUCUCUCCUGGGACUACAGCCUGCAGCGCUUCCGGCCUGAGGAAGAGCUGUCCGCGCCGUCGGUGGUGUCCUGCAAGCCGCUGGUGCUGGGCCCCAGCCUCUUCGUGCUGGCCGCCCGCCUGUGGGGAGGCUCUCAGCUGUGGGCGCGGCCCAGCCCCGGCCUGCGCCUGGCUCCGACGCAGGCCCUGGCCCCGCGGCGGCUGCUGCGGCCCAACGACGCCGAGCUCCUGUGGCUGGACGGGCAGCCCUGCUUCGUGGUGGCCGACGCCUCCAAGGCGGGCAGCACCACGCUGCUGUGCCGUGACGGGCCCGGCUUCUAUCCGCGCCAGAGCCUGCACGCCUGGCACCGGGACACGGACGCGGAGGCCCUCGAGCUGGAUGGCCGGCCCCACCUGCUGCUGGCCUCGGCCUCCCAGCGGCCCGUGCUCUUCCACUGGGUGGGCGGCCGCUUCGAGAGGCGCACAGACAUCCCCGAGGCCGAGGAUGUCUACGCCACACGCCACUUCCAGGCCGGUGGAGAUGUGUUUCUGUGCCUGACACGCUACAUCGGGGACUCCAUGGCCAUGCGCUGGGACGGCUCCAUGUUCCGCCUGCUGCAGCGACUUCCGUCCCGCGGCGCCCACGUCUUCCAGCCUCUGCUCGUUGCCAGGGACCAGCUGGCCAUCCUGGGCAGCGACUUCGCCUUCAGCCAGGUUUUCCGCCUCGAGCCUGACAAGGGGCUCCUGGAGCCGCUGCAGGAGCUGGGGCCGCCGGCCUUGGUGGCACCCCGCGCCUUUGCCCACGUCACCGUGGCCGGCAGACGCUUCCUGUUUGCUGCUUGCUUCAAGGGCCCCACGCAGAUCUACCAGCAUCACGAGAUCGACCUCAGUGCCUGAGACCCUGGACGCGGCGCCGGGGACUGGCCUAGGGCGUCUUAGGCUCUGGACGCUUCCGUGGCCGGCCUCCAGGCCAGGUCCUGCAAGAUACUGACCGCAGGCCAAGGUCGUCCGCCACAGGUCUAGGCCUUGGCCCAC